AAAAUGUUUAAAUUUGGAUCAGAGAAAUUCACAAAGAAGUCAUUACCCAAGAAUUUUGCAGAUCAGAUUCUUAAUCUUGAAAUGGAGAUUGAGUUGAAUGAUCAAGUUUAAAUAGAACUUAUACAAGAUUUAAUCUCUCUUUAUAUGGUAAUUCUUUGUAAAUACUUAUUAUUUUAGGAGGGAGUGGAAUAUUAUGAAUCCAUAAAAGACAGAAGACAUCUCUAUUUCUAGAGAAAGCUGAAUGCACUAAUGUUAAAACCAACCUUUAUAAAUGCUACUACGAAAUAUGAAGAAUCUCAAAAACCCAAAGAGGAUAAUCAAAAUAAAAGAGCUAAAUUUCAAGAGCAAACGCGUAGAAUUGAACUUGAUCUCAUUUACAGUUAAACUGAAUCUAAAGAGGUAUUCUUUACAUUUUGUGAUUGAGGCUCAAGUUAAAGGAAUUGUAGACAACCACACAAAUUAAGUCAUGAAAAUUGAAAGGCUUAUUAAAAAUGAAAUUGCUAAUCAAUCUGAUGCAUUUCAAUAACGUCUCGAACGUCGUCGUCGUUCAAAAUUGACUCAUUCGCUUAGUCAACCUGAGAUUGAUCUACAAUCUUAAAAGUCUGGUAAUAGCAAUAAGAAGAAAUAAAUUGAAUUACAUGAAUAAAUAGGUAUUUGGAAAACCAUGACCUUUUAGUUUAAAUCAAGUAAAUAAUUCAUGAAGAAGAUGAAACAGCUGCUAUCAGAAAAGAUUCCACAUUAUAAAAAACCUAAGAAAAGAAGUGGGAAAUCAUCCAUUAAGCAUCAAUAAUAUAAGAGAAUAAGUAAAUUCUAGUAAAUUAAAUUCCAGGAAACGAACUAAUAGUUUGAUAUAGAGAAGAAGAUCUGUAUUUUUGACUACUAAACAAUUGACAUCAAUUAAAAGAUCCCUAAGUUGUGGAGCCACAAAACCUAUAGAAGAACCAAAGAAUGACUGAAG